AUGGGCUUUUGCCUCCCAAAAUCAAACUCCCUUCGCCAAGUUGCUUCCCGAGCUGAAAUUUCCCUAUUAUGCAAUCUGGGGCCCUGUGGCGGGAUCAUUUUUCCCCCCCUCUUCUGUCAUAUCCGCCACUCCUUCGUCUCCUUCCUUAUUUUCGCCGCCGCCGCCGCCCCUGAACGGCAUGCCCCCGCCAUUCUGCGGCAGCGGAGGGCGGCGCCCGAUUCCCAACCCCACCAACCGAGGGCGCCCCGAUUUCAGAGGGCCGUCGGUUUUCUUACCAGACCCCUUCCCUCGAGGGCCCGAUGCCGCCCGCGAAAAGAAGCGAUUCCCGCCAUUGGAUCCUCCAGGCCGUCCAUUUUUCUUUUAGGCUGGCUUUGGGGAACGUUUUGCGCGCGUUUCUUAAAGCGCAGAACGCCGCUUCUCUAA